CCUGCGCAUGCUGCCAUCGUUCAAUGAGCGCAAGACGAGAAAGGAGUCAAACAUUGGAUAGCAAACAAGCUGGACAACUAGACACUCUCCGGACCUAGGAGUUCUUCAGAUAUCGCUACAGUUGGAUUCUACAAGCAAGCCGAACGUUCACUUUAGACCACGUAUCCAGAAUGAAGGCUAUCAGUCCCGUUCGGUCUGUCAGAAACUGUUAUGAAGCAGUUUGCUGUAUCUCAGAGCAGAGUCUCUCCAUCAGCCGUUGCAAGAGUCCCUCUGAGGAGCUGUCCGACAUGAAUGACUGUUACUCAAAACUCAAAGAGCUGGUGCCUAGUAUCCCUCAGAACAAGUCCGUGAGCCAAGUGGAGAUUCUUCAGCAUGUAAUAGAUUACAUUUUUGACUUACAGAUAGCACUGGAAAACGAGACGGACACAAACAACGCGCCCGACUUGUUCACGUCAAUGAAGAAUUCAGAGAUGACCCGUAAUUUCUCCCAAGAGGAUGGAGCUCUUUGCCACUAGGACAGAGGAACCACAACGUUCAACGGUGCGGGAUAGAAACUUUUCUCCUCCACUUAUGGAAGAAAAAAGAGUGAAGGGGUGAGCCGGGUGAAGGAGUGAGGCUCUAUUCAGAGUGUGGGAAAGUAAUCUGCGCCCCUCUCGAGCUGUCUAUUCUUUGGUCACUGGACACUUGAACAAACCAAAGCCGAGGAGUUUUGAAGAUCACAAAAAAGAAAAGCCUUCAGAUUUUUUUCUUAAUCAUUCCUAUUUUGUGACAACAAUCAAGCAUUGUAUAUUUUGUACUGGCCUCAUUCCUGACUGUUUGGACUUACUAAUAUCUCUUCACACACCCUUCCUUCCCAGCCAUUCUUGGAUCCCCCCCCACCCAUUUCUUCUUCUUCUUUUUUUCCUUGAAAACAUUUCCACAUUUCAGUGUGGUUGCCAUUUGGUCUCAGUGAUUGUCUCAAUCACUGGGAUGAUGUACAUAUUGUGUGUGAGGGGGUUUUGUGUUAUGGGGUGGGAAGAGCAUUGGGACAGUGGGACUAUAUAUAUAUAUAUACACGUGGGUUAGAGUUUUAACUCUAUAAUAUAGAGUGGAUUGUAUAUGUUUGUGGGGAUUGUCUAUUUCUGCAGACUGUCAAAUCAAUGAGUUUCAUAAACUCCUUUAUGGAUUUUUGCUUUGUACACUCACUCUUUUUACACAAGAAAAUAAAUCAUACAUUGAAAUGAGAAAUGUGGAAUUCAGUUUUUCUUGAAUGACUGAAUGCAGACUCUUCUCUGUCUUUAUAGCUUCAGGUAUUCUGAAAUACCUUGUGUAGAUGUGUUGCAGAGAUAAUGUUCUCUAUUAUUAUUAGUGUUAUUGCUACUACUAAUAUUCUAUUAAAAGAUAUAAGAGUAAAACUGAUUUCCUGUACUCCCUCUCCCCCUUUGAAUACUCGGGUUUAUAGUACAUAUAGUCCUACUAUAUGGAACAACAACACAGAUUAAAACUAAACAUGGGAAAGUCCUUAUGGACAACAAUAGCAGGAACCUACACGAAAGUAAAUGUUGGAUAA